GUCCUGAGAGGCAGCUGGAUGCUGAGAAAGUUCCUGAGAGGCAGCUGGAUGUUGCGCCAGAUCUUCAGAGGCAACCGGAUGCUGCGCCAGAUCCAGAGAGACAGCUAGAUGUUGAGCCAGUUCCUGAGAGGCAAUUGGAUGCUAAGAAAGUUCCUGAGAGGCAGCUGGAUGCUGAGACAGUUCCUGAGAGGCAACUGGAUGCUAAGAAAGUUCCUGAGAGGCAGCUGAAUGCUGCGCCAGAUCCUGAGAGGCAGCUGGAUGCUGAGAAAGUUCCUGAGAGGCAGCUGGAUGUUGCGCCAGAUCCUGAGAGGCAGCUGGAUGCUGAGAAAGGUCCUGAGAGCCAGCUGCAGGAUACUGAGGCAGGGAAAGCACUCUUAUGUCCGCUGAGCAAUUGGAAGGGAUACGAGGACAUGGAAUAG